UGCCCGACGACAGAUUCCUUCCUUUGCUGUGUUGUUUUUUUUUUUUGGUGACCAAGUGCAACUUGUUUUUUUAGUUAAAAUUUCUAAAAGAUGUUCCUGACACGCUCCGAGUACGAUCGUGGUGUGAACACCUUUUCACCGGAGGGCAGGCUCUUCCAAGUUGAGUAUGCAAUCGAAGCAAUCAAACUCGGCUGGACCGCGAUUGGCAUUUGUACGUCCGAGGGAGUAGUCCUGGCAGUUGAAAAGCGCACGACGUCCUUCUUGAUGGAGCCGAAUAUGGUGGAAAAAAUUGUCGAGGUGGACAAGCACAUUGGAUGCGUAUCGUCCGGUUUGAUGGCAGAUUCCAGAACAAUGAUCGAUAGGGCAAGGGUAGAGUGUCAAAAUCACUGGUUCACCUACGACGAAAAAAUGUCGGUUGAAUCUGCAGCACAGGCCGUUUCUAAUCUGGCCAUUCAGUUUGGGGAUAGUGAUGACGAUGGUAGUGCAAUGUCCAGGCCAUUUGGUGUGGCACUUUUGUUUGCCGGUAUUGAUGAGAAAGGGCCCCAACUGUUUCACAUGGAUCCUUCGGGAACUUUUAUUCAAUUUGAUGCCAAAGCUAUUGGUUCUGGUAGUGAAGGAGCACAACAGUCACUCCAGGAAGUUUAUCACAAGUCAAUGACACUAAAGGAAGCAACGAAAGCAGCGUUAAAAAUAUUAAAGCAAGUCAUGGAGGAAAAACUUAAUGAGAAAAAUAUUGAUGUCAUGACUAUGACACCAGGAGCGUUGUUCCACAUGUUUACAAAAGAAGAACUCCAAGAGGUAAUUCAGGACAUUGCCUAAGUAUAGAAAUAUUUUUUUAAAUAUAUUUGCACAAUCAAGUCACCUACUCAAAUCAACGUGCUCGGGGUGCAGCUGGUCAGUGCAGAUGAAUCAUACUUGCCAUUUGUUGGCAAAAAGUAUCUUGGUUAUACACAAUUUUCUUACGUUUUACUUCAAAAAAACAGAAUCGUGAAAUAAAAAUCAUUGUAAGAUUUCGUAAA